AUGGCUUCGGAGGCGAAGUCUGCGCCUGCUGGCGUGCAGGUUGCACCGGAGAACCGCAUGGCCAUCGGCAUCUCGUUUGGCAACUCCAACAGCUCCAUCGCCUACACCUUUGAUGACCGUGUCGAGGUGAUCGCCAACGAGGACGGCGAUCGUCAGAUCCCCACCGUCCUGUCGUAUGUCGACGGCGAAGAGUACUACGGCCAGCAGGCCAAAAACUUUCUCGUCCGCAACUCAAAGAACACGGUGGCCUUCUUCAAGGACCUGCUCGGCAAGGACUUUGCCGACAUCGACCCGACGUACUGCCAUGCUUCAGCCCAUCCACAAGAAACCAGCGGCACGGUGACCUUUUCGAUCGUGGACAAGGCUGCACCUGUGAGCAGCGAAGGGUCCGCCGAGAGUGAGGGGGUCAGCACGCCGGCUGCACCGUCCGUGGUAUCCGUGUCCGACGUGACUACACGCUACCUCCGCCGUCUUGUCGGCUCGGCCACCGAUUAUCUCGGCCGCAAGGUCACGUCUGCCGUCAUCACGCUGCCAACGAACGCCACCGAGAUCCAGCGCCAGGCUGUCGUGCAGGCUGCCAACGCUGCCGGCCUCGAGGUGCUGCAGAUCAUCUCCGAGCCGGCUGCUGUCGCCGCAGCCUAUCACGCCCGCAUAGACGCUGAGGCUGCCUCGGGCAUCGUUGCCGCUGACGCAGCCACAUCCAAGGACAAGUUUAUGGUCGUGCUCGAUGUUGGUGGCACGCGCACCGAUGCCGCUGUUGUCUCGUCCAGUGCCGGCAUCACCACCGUCCUGGCCACCCUGCACGACUACGAAUUCGUCGGCGCCGCCCUCGACAAGGUCCUGAUCGACCACUUCCCCAAGGAGUUUGCCAAGCGCAACAAGGGCGUCGAUCCGCGCGAAAACCCCCGCAGCUUGGCCAAGAUGCGCCUCGAGGCUGAAUCUGCUAAGAAGGCCCUUAGCCUGGGCUCCAACGCUUCCUUCAGCGUCGAGUCGCUCGCCGACGGCAUCGACUUCACCAGCACCAUCAACCGCAUCCGCUACGAGACUCUUGCUCGGCCCGUCUUUGCCGGCAUCGAUCGUCUUGUGAGUGCCGUCGUCCACAAGGCCGGCCUCGACACUAUCGACAUUGACACCGUUCUGCUGUCCGGCGGCACUGCCCACACUCCCCGUCUCGCCGAGAAUAUGCGCGCCCUCUUCGCCGGCACCGCCACCAUCGUCGCCCCCAGCACUGUUCCCUCCACCACGAACCCGUCUGAGCUGCAGGCCCGUGGUGCUGCCCUGCAGGCCAGCCUCAUCUGCGACUUUGAGUCCGACGAGGUCGAGCAGAGCUCCCACCAGAUGGUCCGCACCGUCCAGCACACUGCCCUGGCCGUCGGCGUCAUCGCCGUGCCCCUGGCUCCGACUGCUGCUGCUGACGGCACCGCUGUGACCGAGGUCUUCACCCCCAUCAUCGCUGCCGAGUCUGCCGUCCCCAUCCGCCGUGCCAUCCUCGUGUCCGGCCCCAAGGAGGGCGGCGACGUCCUGCUGCGCUUUGCCGAGGGCAGCACCCACGUCCACCACAUCCCCAAGGAGAAGAAGGCCAAGGCUGCCGACGACGACGAUGACGACGACGACGACAGCGACGACGACAGCGACGACGACAGUGACGACGAAGACGAGGGCGAACGGAAAAAAGCUUGGAAGGCACAGGAUCUCCUGGCUGAGGCUGCUCUUCGCGGCGUCGGCAAAAACGCCAAGAUCGAGGUCGCCAUCAGCAUCCGCGCUGACUUCUCCGUCAGCUUCACUGCCAGAGAAGUCGGCGGCAAGGCCGCCAUCCGCGGCUCUUUCUAG